GACACAUACUGCUAACUACCGCCUCUCAGACACAUACUGCUAACUACCGCCUCUCAGACACAUACUGCUAACUACCGCCUCUCAGACACAUACUGCUAACUAUACAGCUUUCUGCCGUUUAAAAAUCGAAGCAACAUGGAGAGACUUUAUUUAGUUUUUCUCUCAGCUCUAACUCUCCAUGUAAUGGGGACGUCAGCUAUAUCCUGUCAUCAAGUCACUGACUUUUGCCGGGGACAGAGACAGCUCUCUUUCCCAGCGUGCUACACUCAACAUGUAAGAACAUGUGUCACACCUCGUGGGUCACAUCCCAACCCAAACUUUAAUCAACAACCUGUCGACUCCUCUUCAUCAGAGAGCCAGAUGGACACGAGGUACGGCCACAGGGUGCGGGUCCCGUCUGAAGCGGUCAACAGGAGCCGAGUGGACGCGUCCAGACACGUCACCAUGACCACCUCCGUCAUCAACAGCUCCUACUUCACGACUAGCAGGAACAUCCUGCAACAACAGGUCCUGGGAGUGUGGGUGGGAGAACAGGAAGUCAGCAAUCUGUCUCAGCCAAUCAGCAUCUCCUUCAGAAGAACCAACUGUGAUAUCCAAGGACAGUGCGUGUUUUGGGAUGACAACCAAGGGAACUGGAGUCGAGCUGGCUGUGAGACCUCACACACAGAGGAGGAGUUUAACUGCAGCUGUAACCACCUCAGCUUUUUUGCUAUUCUCCUUACUGAUGGAGUGGAGGAUCUGAGCCGUGUGCACCAGCAGCGUCUCGGCUACAUCCAGUACUGCGGCUCCACCCUCACCAUCGUCCUCUCCACCCUCACCUGCCUCAUGCACCUGCAGCACAGGAGGAGGAAGCUAGGCCACUGCAGCAGUAUCCACCUGCAGCUGUCUCUCUCCUUGCUGUUGCUGCACGUCAGCUUCCUGCUCAGUGCCUGGGGGGCGUGGCACACACAGGGGCAGCCAAUCACAGCGCUGUGCCAGGCUCUGGGGGCGGGGCUUCACUGGGCACUACUGACCACCUUCAGCUGGACGGCCAUCGAGGGCUUCCACCUUUACCUGCUGCUCGUGCGCGUCUUCAACAUCUACAUCAGGAGAUACCUGCUCAAGCUGGGCCUGCUGGGCUGGGGCCUGCCCUCUGUGAUAGUAAUACUGUGUGCUGCCCUGAGUAUGUAUGGACCUUACAACGGACUGGAGAGCUGCUCCUCAAUACCAACACCCUCGAACAACAGGUCCUUGGAGUGUGGGUGGGAGAACAGGAAGUCACCAAUCUCUCUCAGCCAAUCACAAUCUUCUGUCUGCUGGCUGUCUGACUCCGGCGUGGGGGGCCGGAGGGGUGUGUGUGUGGUGAGGUACGGCACGGUGCACGCCUACCUGGGCGCCGUGCUUCUCUUCAACGCCGUGAUCCUGCUGCUGAUUGGCUAUAAGCUGCUGGGGGCGGGGCUUGAUGCGGUGCAGGGGCGGAGACGUGUGUGUCAUGACAGCGUGACGCUGUUGGCUCUGAGCUGUGCGCUGGGCCUCCCCUGGGGCCUGGCCUUCUGCUCCUACGGCCCCCUCUCACUGGCCACAACCUACCUCUUCACCAGCCUCAACGGCCUACAGGGUGUAUUUCUGUUCCUGUGGGCUCUCACUAUGACGUGCAGACGGCACCAUGCCAAGUCCUCCCUCCAGUCCAGCAGCCAGUCCACCGUCAAGAUGAGCAGCCUGGGGGGCUCCUGACUCUACCGACCCAACACACACACACACACACACACACACACACACACACACACACACACACACACACACACACACACACAGCAGCAGCCUAGCUACCCAACACACACACACACACACACACAGCAGCAGCCUAGCUACCCAACACACAGACACACACACACACACACACACACAGGAGCAGCCUAGCUACCCAACACACACACACACACACACACACACACACACACACAGCAGCAGCCCAGCUACCCAACACACACACACACACACACACACACACAGCAGCAGCCCAGCUACCCUGAAACCACAGAGGCAGUAUUAAUUUGAUACCAGCCGUGUUCAUGUGAUAGUAGCCAUGUUCAUUUGAUAACAGCAGUGUAUUAGCGAUAUUAGCCGUGUUCAUUUGAUAACAGCAGUGUAUUAGCGAUAUUAGCCGUGUUCAUUUGAUAACAGCAGUGUAUUAGCGAUAUAAGCCGUGUUCAUUUGAUAACAGCAGUGUUCAUGUGAUAUUAGCUGUGUUCAUGUGUUAUUAGCUGUGUGAUAUUAGUUGUGUUCAUGCGAUAUUAGCUGUGUGAUAUUAGCUGCCCAGCUAGGAUGCACACGUUGAAUCAACGUUAUAGCUGCCAUUUUGGCCGAUGAAACCACGCUGCUUUGACGUUGACAUUUUCCUGUUAAUUUCUAAUAAAAGCGAGUAUCACACACACACACACACACAGCAUUGCUUUAAGCCUAGUCUGCAUAUUCACCGGGAAUCUAGCACACACCAGCGUCAUUAGGCUCAUGUAUAUUAUUUUCAUAGUAUAAACACAUGUAGACAAACUUUCUUACUUACGAGUCAUGUAAUCCACUGAUGCACAACUGCACGAUUUGACUCACGGGGAACACCGAUAACCACUAACGCGAUAAUCGGUCGUCGGGGGCGGUCGGGGACUUGAGUCUGUUUGGUGUGUGCCGUGCCGUCGGCAGUCGCCGUCGGGGCUAAUUUUGGCCAGUUUUGGCCGACUUGACAUGUAGAGUCGGCCAGUGGCCGUCGGUCUCAAUUACCAAUCUGUUUAAACUAACCAUUAGCCCUACAUUCAGCGAUGUAAAUUUCGAACCCAUUUGAUAGACCUUCCUAACAUAUUUUUGCUAAAACUAAGUUUCUGAACGUGUGUUAUUUCAGGUUAUUUCCCAUUCAGUUUUCAUUUACUGUGCUAAUAUUAGCUAGCAAGCUAGCUAGGUUAACGGGCAAAAAGUUAUUUAUUCCGUGCCCAAGAGUGUUUCGUUGGCCUCACAAAAGCAAUGGCAAUAAAAUAAUACACACUAUAUACUUUUAUUUAUAUUUUCUUAUUGCUUAAUCAGAGAAGUCCGAAAACUAGUUGCAAUUAGUUCCUCGAAUCCUGCAUGACAUCUACUCGGCUCGGCUGACUCUGAAGCCUGCAGUUACGGGUAAUGUAUCACAGUUUACGCACGCGCAGAACGUACAAUCGGCGUCGCAUCGGUGUGUUCAGUGGCACUUUUGUGACCGACCAGGGGAGACGAGAGCCUGAUUGAUAGUCCGACUGCUUUCCUGCCGACGCUCGGCCAGUCUGGUUGGUGUGUUCAGGCCUUCAAGACACAAGUCAUCCCCUAUAUUCUGAAUACAUGCUGCUGCCAUCUGGCCUGCGUUUUAAAACUCCCAUUGCUUUUAAACAAAGAUACAAAAAUUCUUUCAUCCCCUUUUCUAUCCAAGUACUGAAUGCACACAACAGGACAAGAUAGACCCCCCCCCCCCCCCAAUUCACUUCCUCCCCUUUUAUCUACGUAACUUAUUUACUGGAUUUGAUCUUUUACUGAUUCAUCUUUUUAGGCACUGUCAGACCUAUCUUAACUAAAUUUUUCUUUUUGUGUAUUUGUGUUUGUAUUGUAAUUAGAGGUGGGCAUAGAUUAAUUUGUUUAAUCUAGAUUAAUAUCACUGUAAUCUUGAAAUUAAUUUUAGGUGCACCAGCGCAAAAUUUAGGUGCACCCACAUUUUUCAUUGCAUCGCCUUUAACAAUAAAAGGUCACCUUUUUAUUGCUGUCCUUUCAUAUAAUGAUUUUUUAACAACAAAAAGCCUAGAAAAAGCUUGAAACACAAUAAAAGAAUAUUUUCUUUACAAAAUUAUUUAUAUACGGUAAGUCUAUUCUACAUACUGAAAUUUCUGAUAUUCAUGACAGCACACUUUAUGCAGAUUGUAGCCUACUAUUCAUAUUGUGGUGGACUGAUGGGAUAAUAGGGGGGAGAUAAUGAUUGCAUUGGGCUUGCUGCCUAAUUGGCCUAAUGAGACUCACCUGUGCAGAAGGAUAAAGCCAUGCAGGUGAGCAAGGUGCGCGAGAGAGCCGGGACUGAUUAAGUGUACAAGCGGAGCGCCAGGAGCGCGUUGGUCAACGAGGGGACGAAUUGUGCUGGUCGCGGUCAGUAGGAUCGCCGCCAGUGAAGAUAGUUAGUGGGGGGAUGUUUUAGCAUAGACCUUGUGUAAAUUCUAGACUGACGCCGCGACUGGCGGCUGCGCUUUGGACUGAGCUAUUGGACUCUUACGGCCCGGCUUUACAUACUGGAGCUUAUACAUGCUGGCACUUACAUACUGGAACUUACAUACUGGAGCUUAUAUAUACUGGGACUUACAUACUGGAGCUUACAUACUGGGACUUAUUCCUUGGAACUACACCCGGGAACUUGCAUGUUGCGAUUGGACAACCGCUGACCACUUGAGGGCGAAGUCACGGUCCAUGGCGAUCAGACCCCAGGGGAGGGUCUUGGGGAGCAGGGAAGUUCCCAUUUUAAUCCAUUAAUUCACUUGUUCUGUCCUCUAUGUUUUAUGAAUGAAGGCCGGGUUACUCUUGUGCAAUAGUUUAAUGUAUUAGUGACGGGGGCGGGGGGAACCUUUUAGUGUGAUCACUUGACGUGUGUUACUAUGAAUUGAAUGGAGAUAUUUUCCUCUUUGUGGUGUCUAUGAAUUGUGUGGAGUGGACUACUGUGUGUAGGCUAUUUAUUAUUGCUGUUUUGCACAGAGCGUGAUUGGGGAUCUCAGACCCCGUCAGUCUGAUUGGCUAUAGCAUCCAGAGCCGCCUGGCUAUAUGUAUUAAAUAAAGAUCAUUUGAAUUGUU